AUGGCUGCGGCGUUUUAUCCAGAUGCGGACAGUUUGAAGGUCAUUGCUUAUGACGAUGAACUUGAUCAAGGCUCGCUUCUGAACGACUACUCUGGAAGUACUAAGUAUGUGGAUAACAUGAUUGCUUACGUAGAAGCUUGUCUGGGGAGAAGUUCUCCCGCAUCUCUUCCCGCUCCUGAUUUUGGAUGGAGCACUAUCUACUGCUUCUACAGUACGGGAAAAAAGGUCAAUGAAUGCUCUAGCAAAGUCAACGUCUGCCUACCUAGACUCUACGGCACGAUUUCAAAAGGCGCUUGUAAGUGA